ACCAUCAUUACCACAGGUUUGAUUAUUUAAAAGCUGUUAACAAGUUAAUUCGCUUUUAGUUAAUCAACCAUCCUUCAUUGUAUCAAUUUCAAAUCAUACUUUUCUCAUUUCUUUAACAGUCACCUUUCAUCAUGAUUAAGCCACUAAUCCUUUGUACUCUUGCUAUUAUUUGCUGUCUUCAAAUUGCUUCAACUAAUUCAGAGGAAACUCCUGCAGCCGUAGAAUCAAAUGCAGAAGCUCGAGGCAUCUUGUCGUCCAUUGGCGGUGGAAUCCAUGAAAAGCUGAGGAAAUUUGUUACAACAGUGAAAGACAUUUUACUCGGUCAUCAUAAAAAGAUUGGAAGUUUUCAUUUUCGAUUGAAAGAAUGCCUGGAAAAGUUGAUUAAUUUGGAAAAGAAACUGUUAGGAUUCAAAGAGGAAUCUUAUUCAUGUCCAGACAUCAGUUCACUGGUUGACAAAGUGAAAGAAAAGCUAUACAUCAAUGACCACACCGUUAAUCCAAGUGAUGUCCAGUCAAUGGCUAACUACUUACAGAAUCAUCUACGAGCCUUGGAUUAUCGUAUGCAACAAGAGUCCAAAUAUUUGAAUUUAGCCUUUGAACACAUCAAAUAUCUUCAUGCAUAUUAUCCACAAAAUCAACCUAAACCCAAUUACGGUCCAAUUAAACCAUCAUAUUUAACACAAGUCAAUCCAAGCAUCAAGAUGAGAGAUGGUAAUAACAACAGCAAUAAUAACAAUCAUGCUCCACAAUAGUAAGAUUUAUUAAAAUCAAACCAAAGUUUACUAACCAUCAACAGUAUAGACUUGAUGUUAACAGGGAAACAAAAAUUUGUUUAAUUUUUCUCGUUUUUUUAUAAAUAAAAAUGUUUGUUGUCAAAAAUUGGGUUUAAAAUAUAAUCGGUCAUUUAUUGUUAAAAUUAAAUUGUAUCAAAAUAAAUAAAGGAUAAAUAUUUAAAUUAGAAA